AUGGGUCUGGAGGAGAUUCCCCCCAACCUGCCCCGCGGCGAGGAUGGCUACGUCGACUGGUCCAAGGUUGACGUCAAGGACCUGGAGAUGCCCGCGGGCGACGACAUGGGCAUCGUCAGCGACGACGAGGGCAUCGACGUCGAGGAGGUCAAGUCCGAGUCGGGCUUCGGCACCGUGAUAGUCGUCGACAACCUCCCGAAGGUGCCGGACGCCAAGUUCGAGAAGCUCUGCACCGUCGUCAGAAAGAUCUACGGUCAGAUCGGCGUCGUCCGCGAGAACGGUCUCCACAUGCCCAAGGGCGCCGACGGCGUCACGAAGGGAUUCGCCUUUGUCGAGUUCCACAACCCCGCCGAGGCCGCCGCCGCGAUCGAGCAGACCAACGGGUACAAGCUCGACAAGGCGCACGUCUUCAAGGUGUCCAAGUUCGACGACUUCUCCAAGUACGACGCCGUUCCGGACGAGUACAAAGCCCCGGAGCCCAAGCCCUACGUCGCGCGCGAGAACACCGCGAGCUACAUGCUCGACGACCGAGGCCGCGACCAGUUCGCCAUUCGAUUCGGAGACGAGACGGAAGUGCACUGGAACGACGCGCAGGUGAAGGAACCCGUCGAGGUGUACAAGCGCUCGUUCUGGACCGAGUCCUACGUCCAGUGGUCGCCGCGGGGGAACUACCUCGCGACGGUGCACAGGCAGGGCGUCGCGCUGUGGGGCGGACCCGGGUUCGCUCGCUUCGCCAAGUUUUCGCACAACGGCGUUCAGUUCAUCGAGUUUUCGCCGUGCGAGCGGUACCUCGCCUCCGGGAGCACGCACGAUCCGGCUAACGCGCGCGAGCAGGCGCAGGUUGUCGUGAACUUUUUUGACGUUCGCUCUGGCGCGAAGCUCCGAUCGUUUCAGGGACCGAUCUCCGAUUUCGUCACGGGGGCUCAGAGGGGUCUGACGUGGCCGGUGUUCAAGUGGGCGGGGGCGUCCGACUCGGGCGCCUUCUUCGCGCGCAUGGGCAAGAACGCCGUGUCCGUGUACGAGGCUCCCGAGAUGGGUCUGGUGGACAAGAAGUCGAUCAAGCUGGAGGGCGUGCUGGACUUUUGCUGGUCCCCGGCCGAUCCGAUCCUCUCGGUGUACCAGCCCGAGCAGGGCGGCGGCAACCAGCCCGCGCGAAUCGCCCUCAUCGAGCUCCCGAGCAAGAAGGAGGUUCGCUCGAAGAACCUGUUCAGCGUCAGCGGCGUGCGCAUGUUCUGGCAGCAGUCGGGCGACUACUUCGCCGUCAAGGUGGACCGCCUGACCAAGACGAAGAAGUCGACCUACUCGGGCUUCGAGCUCUUCCGUCUGCGGGAGCCCAACUGCCCGAUGGAGGUGCUCGAGCUCCCGGACAAGACGCAGAAGAUCGUCGCGUUCGCCUGGGAGCCCAAGGGCCACAGGUUCGCCGUCAUCCACGGCGACGGCGCUCGCCCCGACGUAUCCUUCUACACGAUGAUCGACGACUCGUCCGCGGUGAACAAGGUGAAGCUCAUCGGCACCAUCAAGAACAAGACGGCGAACUGCCUGUUCUGGUCCCCCAAGGGCAAGGUCAUCGUGCUCGCGGGGCUGAAGACGAUGAACGGUCAGUUUGAGUUUUUCAACGUCGACGAGAUGGAGACGAUGGCGAGCGCCGAGCACUUCAUGGCCACCGACGUCGAGUGGGACCCCACCGGACGUUACGUCACCACCGCCGUCACCUCCGUGCACCAGAUGGAGAACGGCUUCAACGUGUGGACCUUCAACGGCAGGCUGCUGUACAAGCACCAGCGCGAGCGCUUCUACCAGUUUCUCUGGCGCCCCCGCGCGCCGUCGCUCCUCUCCGAGACGAAGGAGGCUGAGAUUCUCAAGAACCUCAAGAGCUACUCCAAGAGGUUCGACGAGCUGGACGAGUCCAUCCGCAACGCGCAGGACUCGCACCUCGCGGCGGAGAAACAGGAGGUGACUGACGCGUGGAACGCGUGGCUCGCGAAGAAGCGAUCGCGGGUCGAGGCGAACGACUACGUCGACGAGGUUAGGAAAAUCAUGCGCCAACGAUAUCCGGACUGGACCGAGGGCGGCGCCGCGGACGUCGUGGAGACGCAGGUGGAGGUGGAGGAGAUCAUCUCCGUCGUCGAGGAGCCCCUCUCCAUGGUGCGAUGAGUGAGUGACACGCCGUAUGCGACGAUGCGCGGACCGACGAUUGCGGGGGGCGGGCGACGCGUAUACGGUUGAGGAGGAGGAUGGGGAGUUGGAGAGGAGGAGCGACGGGCGAUCGUCGUCCACUCCGAGGAGCGCGUCGCCGACGACGGAGCGGGUCGAGGGCGCGACGCGACGCGGACGGGGCUAAAUACCAUGAGGGGCUCAAUACCAUAAAUAUACCGUAAAUG